AUGAUUCCUAGUACAUAUUAUGUAGAGUGUAUUGGUAUUUCAGCUAUCAGACAAAAUAUGGUAGAGUAUCAAGAACUCAUUCGCUCGAGUGUGGUGAUUAACGCCUUCGACAUGCGAAAAUGUUAUCAAAAGUGGCUCAUGUAUCGUUUAAGCCAGUCGUCGACAGCUGCCGGACGUGACUUUGAGGACAGGGCGCGGGGCCGUCGACAGGCCGCGGCAGGAAACGUACGGAGAAGGCAUCCCAGCCCGAGCACAAUGGAGGCGGCGGCGGGCCGCAGGGGGAGCCCUCGCAAUCGAUAUGGCGUCGCUAAGGUCCGAUGGCCGUUGUGA